AUGAUGAAGAGGAGGAGUGUACCUCACGGCAACGCAUUCUUGUAUUUCAUACAACUUUUUUCGUUGAUCCCUUCCAUUGCAAGCUACGAUUCUACAUUGUCACAAGCUAGAGUACUACUACCUAUGAGGAUCACAGAGAAAGAGACCAUAGUGUCCCCUGGAGAUGUAUUCGAGCUUGGUUUCUUCAAACCUGCAAAGAGAUUUCAAGAAAGAGAUCGUUGGUAUCUCGGAAUAUGGUAUAAGAGAUUCGAGAGGACAGUCGUCGUAUGGGUUGCCAACAGAGACAAUCCUCUCUCCAGUUCCAUCGGAACCCUCAAAGUCGCGAAUAGUACGAUUGUCCUCGUCGAUCAAUCAGGCGAGGUUGCGUGGACGACGAAUCUGACAAAUAAUCUGACCGAAGACCAACCCUUGUAUGCAGAGCUUCUCAACAAUGGUAACUUCGUGCUGAGAUACUCCUCAAACAGUUAUCCAUAUCCGUGGCAGAGCUUUGAUUUCCCGACGGAUACUCUACUCCCUGGAAUGAAGUUAGGUUGGGACCGCAGAACGAACAUCACCAGAACACUACGGUCCUGGAAGAGCGCAGAUGAUCCUUCAAAUGGAGACUUUAUCUAUAAGAUUGAAAUUCGAAAGCUUCCAGAGAGUUUCAUAUUCAAAAAAAAUUCGCCAGUCUACCGAAGUGGCCCGUGGAAUAAAGUCAGUCUGAGUGGGUCAUCGACAGCUACCCAAGUAUCGCCUUAUGCUACAAUCAAUCUUACAGAGACUAGCGAAGAGGUUACAUAUUCGUUCGACAUCAUUAAUAAUAGCUUCUACUCUGUACUGAGAAUGAGCCACGUCGGAUCCUUGCGACGUUGGGUGUGGACGCCAACAGCGCAAAAAUGGACGGUGCAAUGGGAGGCACCAGAAGACCAAUGUGAUAGCUACAGUAAAUGUGGGCCUAACAGUUAUUGUGACAUCACCACAAUGUCGAAAUGUAACUGUAUCCAAGGGUUUCGGCCUAGAGACCAAGAGGCAUGGGAGUUUAAAGAUGUGACAGGUGGGUGCGUGAGGAUGUCAAACCUGAGCUGCGUUGAAGAUAGUACUUUUCUCCCGCUUAGAAAAAUGAAGUUGCCAGAUACUAAGACCACUGUUGUGGACACUAUAAUUGGGAUAGAAGAAUGUAGGGAGAGGUGUCUUACGACUUGUAAUUGCACGGCGUUUGCUAAUACCGACAUGCGCAAUGGUGGGUGGGGUUGCGUGACUUGGACAGGUGACUUGGUUGAUCUUCGGAGUUACAGCCGGGAGGGUCAAGAUUUGUAUGUCAAGCUAGCAGCUGUUGCUGAUCUCGGGGAAAAGAGAAAAGCGAAUAAGAAAACGAUCAUUGGAUUAACGGUAGGAGGAUGUUUGUUACUUGUUUUAAGUUUCAUUUUUUUUUUUUUUUUUCAAUCUAUUUAUCUCUCUCUAACUAUCUUUGAUAUAACAAUUAAUGAUGCCUUGAUAAUGGUUUUGUCAGAACUGAAACAAGUGUCACAAGAGACAAACCAAGAUCUGAUUAUCAACACAGCCGAGGAUUGGGGAUCCAAACUCAUGGAUUUUGACGUUAUUGCCGCGGCAACCAACAACUUUUCGGAUGAUAACAAGCUUGGAAAAGGUGGUUUCGGUAUCGUUUACAAGGGACAUUUAAGCCAGGGGCAAGAGAUCGCGGUGAAACGAUUGACCAAAAUGACACCAAAAGGAGUAGAGAGCUUCAACACUGAGAUGAAGCUGAUAGCAAUGCUACAACACACAAACCUCAUAAGACUUGUGGGGUUUUGCUCUAACAAAGACGAGAAAAUCGUAGUAUAUGAGUAUCUUCAAAACUCAAGCCUCGACACGUAUCUCUUCGAUACAACCCGAGGCUCCGUUCUGAAUUGGGAACAGAGAUUCGACAUCACCGUUGGUAUUGUCCGAGGGCUUGUUUAUCUCCACCAAGAUUCUCGGUUUAGGAUCAUUCACUUAGAUCUAAAACCGGGAAAUAUAUUGCUGGACAAAGACAUGACUCCAAAGAUCUCGGACUUCGGAACGGCAAGGAUGCUUGGAGGAGGAGAUGAGACUGAAGCUCAUGUGACGAGUUUGAGUGGAACAUACGGUUACGUUGCCCCAGAAUUCAGAAACUACGGGACAAUAUCAGUGAAAUCGGAUGUUUUCAGCUUCGGGGUCAUGCUUCUUGAGAUGAUCAGUGGCAAGAAGAAUCUCGAUUUCUUUAAUCUGAACGACGGAAACACUCUUCUCAACCACAUAUGGUAUCACUGGAACGAAGGGAACGGGCUAGAGAUCGUUGAUCCGACAAUCAAAGACUCAUCAUCGUCGUCCGUAUUUCGAUCACAACAAGUUUUGCGAUGCAUCCAGGUCGGCUUGCUUUGUGUUCAAUACCUACCAGAGGACAGGCCAACGAUGUCUACGGUGGGUCUGAUGCUCGCAAGGGAAACAGAGGCAAUACCUCAGCCUAAAUCACCGGUGGAGAUUGGGUCUUCGUCCAGAGGAGGACUACAAGAGAGCAUAUCCGGAACAGUUCCUGAAACGACCAUGACCAUUGAGGGUCGCUAAAUGGUAAAAGAUGUAUGAAAUCCACUUAUAUUAAAUUAGUUUCUGCUUUGUUCG